CGGGCGCAAUGCUGCUUUGCGGUGUUUUAUGUUCUGUGUUGUCGGUUCCGUUCGGUGCAAUCGUGCAAAUAGUGAUUUUUCUUCUACAGAAUUCGAACGUCUCGAGAGUACACGCCUUCCUGCCACCGGGAGCUGAGGACGAAAUCAUUGUGAUCGAGCAUCUGCCAGGACGUCGAGUUCAUCUGCAGGACUUCUUCUGGACCGACGCGGAGGACGCACCGCCAUGGGUGGAUUCGAAUCAGCCCUUUCACGAAACCAAAACGGUUCAUCAUACGGUGACAGUUUACUUGCCCGCCGACGAAAAGGACGACGAUGACUCAAAGUCACCCAAUCGGCCUGAUUCUUACGAUCCAAAAUGCACCACCUGCAUCGAACCCACACCGAGAUUGAACGACGACGAGGAUCAAAAUAUCGGUGUUUUGAUAGGAGAAGAUCCUGGACCAAGGUACUGGCUAUUAACAGUUCUUCGUGCCGGUGAAGCUAUACCGCCCAAGAUCGAGUUAAAACUGGCACGUUUGUAUCGAACUGCCUUCACGAGGCAACAGCAACGUCAUCUCGGACUUUUACAGUCGAAUCGACGAUUUCAGAGAGCCGCGGAUGAGCAAACACUCGUUUCUAACAAGAUUUCCGCAAGAAGUCGUCCACUAGCGAGAAAACAGAUAUCGAAUGACAUUGAUGGGGAGAGUGCGGACAGGCGUUCAGAAUUGCGCUUAUUCAAUAAUACGGCCGAGGGGACUGUUCAAGUUAGAAUGCAAAAUACAAGCGUAACCGAAAACGGUGCUACGAGGUUGAUUUAUUCUGUUCACCUAGGUGGAAAACCUGUGCCGGCUGAAACAGCUGCCAGAGACAUGGCUCUCUUGUCGUCGCAAGAAGUUGCAUUAGAACUUGGCGCUCCAGUCCUUAUUCAAAGCGAGCCCUAUUUGAAGGAGUCUCGACCGUUGGCGCUUUCAAGAAAGAGAGAUGCAUGGCUUCUGAUCGGUGCAGCAAGCGCCGGUUUCAUUCUUUUAGCUUUUAUGAUCGCUGGAUUAGUCUUCACAGCGAAAAGAAAAAGGUCACAAAGCUCGGUAGCCGCGCCACCGAAUCGGAGCAUUCUUAAGAAAAAACAGGAUCACGUGACAACGCCUGGUGGUCGCGAUAAUGCUGCUUUUUCAGAAAUGGAAAUUAAGACUGAAGGUAGUAGCCAAAGUCCGAUUCCUGGGAGUCUGCCAAGGACUCCGGUUACUCCCGAAUCUACGGAUAGUUUCGAUUUAGGAAUGCAGAAAGUUUCUAGCGAUAACGAAGAGGAGCUGAAAAGAAAGGCACGAGAGCCAAGUCUUUUAGAACAUCCUUCAAAAAAGACAAGACUGACACACGGAAGAAUAUCGCGAACAAAUGCGGUUGAUGUGCCCAGAACGUCGGAUUCAAUGGACGUGGUAGUUGACCACUUAGAAGCACUAGAAUCUCUGGAAACCAAACAAGAAGAAGCUGCUACUUCACCUCAUUCUUAUCUGUCUAUGCCAACCUGUAAACAGUUUCCCAAUAUGAAAAGUGUUGAACCUCUUUCAAGGGUUUUGGAACCAGUUAUGAUCAGACAUUUGGAUAUAGAUUCUCCUGAACUGGAGAGACGAGACAGUAAUGACAUUGAUCCCUACAGAGGUAGCAAAGUCAAUGAUAAAUUUUUUGCACGAACUUCAAGCGCUAUGAAAGAUCCUGGAGUGGUUGGCCCUAUAGUUUGGAAUCUUCGCAGACACACACUGUGUACAGAGGGUAAUGGGACAUCGGGAUCCGAUGAAAUAACAUCAGCUGGCCCUGUUGGGCGAGCCAAAAGGAGGUUGCAUGAACUGCUGGAGGAUUCUUUCAGUCUUUUCGGGAGUAGAGAACAGAAUUCGGAAAUGCAAGUCUGUGCGACACGUCCAAAUUCUGCAGUAUUCACACCGGAUGUACUACCAGGUUUUUCGAAAGCUAGAGGAAAAUCUGCCUACAUUAGUCCUGUGUCUUCGCCAACAAUGGAAAUGAAGAUGCAACGUCCGAUACCAUUACCUCGAAAAGAUAUCGAAGAAAAUUUUACAGAAAAUGGACAAACAGAAUCAGUUCGAUCUCAUAGUGGUUGGAGUUCUAGACCAUUGAGUGCUGGUCCAUUUCACAGACCAAAUGUACCAGAUAUAGAUACAAGGCGUAUACUUUCACACUGUCAGCUUCCACCAGAAGAUCCUGCAGUUCCAUUAAUUGCAUCAAUUAAAAAGGAACUCGAAAAGUUUUCUUCGUAA